CCUCGGGAUCAGCAGCCUUGAACGUUCUUUUUUGUUUACCCAGGCUCACGAUUUCAAGCUCAAAAAUGAAGUACUCAAAAGUCUCAUUUACUCUCGCCUUAAUUGCCCUGGGAGCCACCGCCGCCCCAACCGACCUUCACAAACUCGUAGCUCGCGGCGAGGUUGAAGUCUGCUACGACCCUCGAGACCCCAGAGUACCACCCUUACAAAACGACCCAAAUGUCGAAAAAUGGAUCGACGACAAAACUGGACAUCACUGUUUUGCGCUGAUGAGAGGAGUACAACCAGACCACCCGUGCAAGGCAUGCCAAGGCCACCAGGCCGACCUGUACCUAGACCACAUACACUGCCUGGCCGCGGGGCACGUCCACGCCAACAAGGGGGAUUCGUGCGAGGCCACACGCCAAGCCAGGCUGGAUAGAUACAAGACUGCACUCAAGGGCUUUCGUGUCCCCUACGGUACCGACAUUAGCAAGCUCGAGACGGGGGGCAAGGGGGUGACGUUUAACGUCAAUGAUCCUAGCCACAAGCUUUUUUCGGGUGAUAGAUCGCUGACCCAAGUAGUCAAAGACGGCAAUGUUGAGUUUGUCCGGCCUCAUGGGGAGAAAUACAGGGGGCAAGGCGAGGAUUUGUACGCCACGAUUCAGCGCCAAUGGUAUGCUUUGAAGGCGGCCAAAAUACUCAAGGCGGCUAGAGCAGCCAAGGCAGCCAGAACCCCCGAUGCUUCCGACGCUGGCAAGCUCGAACCGCCUGCAAAGCUUGCUACACAACAACGCAGGCUAGAUGAGAGCAGGAGUGCCGAAUAGCAUUUUCCUCCUACCGGCCUUUUUGCUGCGGAUUUAUGGUUUCAAGGUUGGUAUCUUUUAGCUCCCGGGUAUGGUUAAUUUAACAAAAGUCUAUUAUACAGUACACGGUGGCUGGCUGCACAUAUUACGUGACUUUCCAAUUAUAUUAACCAGGGAAGAGGGCUCUCCGU